CAGUUACUGGGAAAAGCUUUGGAACCAAAGACUUUCGAGCAGCUCUAGAAAACGGCGUCCUGUUGUGCGAUUUGAUUAACAAGAUCAAACCUGGCAUCGUUAAGAAGAUCAAUCGUCUGUCAACUCCAAUAGCUGGCUUGGAUAAUAUAAAUGUUUUUCUGAAAGCGUGUGAAAAUAUUGGACUGAAAGAAGCUCAGCUUUUUCACCCAGGAGAUCUUCAGGAUUUGUCCAGUCGAGUUACAGUCAAACCGGAGGAGACCAACAGAAGAGUGAAAAAUGUUUUGAUUACAUUAUACUGGCUUGGGAGGAAAGCUCAAAGUAACCCUCAUUAUAAUGGUCCAUACCUGAAUCUUAAAGCAUUUGAGAAGUUACUAGGGCAAGCAUUGACCAAGGCACUUGAAGAAUCUAGCCACCUGAACAGGAGUGGCAGGGACAGCGGGUACGGUGAUAUUUGGUACAUAGACCGAGGAGAGCCCUUCUCAUCUUCAGCUAGCCAUAAAAGAGACGAUUCCUUCGAUAGCUUGGACUCUCUUGGUUCAAGAUCCUCUACAAGCUUUUCAUCAGAUAUAACCUUGAAAGGUGGCAGCGAAGGUUGUGACAGUGACACAGACUCAGAACUGCCUUUCAAAAUGCACGACUCCCAUAAAGACGACAGGUCCUACCGUAGGAUUUCUGUGAUUGAACCAAAACCUACCACUGACUUCAAUCGCUUCUUGCCCAGCAAAAACAAGCAGACGGCUUAUGUGCCAGCACCCUUAAGGAAGAAGAGGACAGAGAAGAAUGAGGACAACAGGAGGAGCUGGGCAAGUCCUGUCACAGAGUCAGAUGGAACAUUUUCAAGUAACCAGAGAAGGCAGAGGCAGUUGGAAACUAAAGAGGAAAACAAACCGAGAGCUAACAUUCCUUCAGAACUGUCUGGGUAUUUUGAUGAGGAUGAAGAAGAAGAAAUAGGCAUCCCAAACAUUGAAAAAGACGAUCUCUUUUUUCGCAAGUUAAGUUCUUCAGCGGCAAAUACGGUUGUUGCUUUUGACAAAUUUCUUCCUAAGUUUUGGACUCCAGAAGAAGAAUUGCUGUGGAAAAAAAUUAGGAAAUCCUCUUUCAAACCCUGGUAUAAAGAGAUUCAAGGGUUCAGUCAGUUUUCGUUACUCCAGGCCCUGCAGAAAUACUCUGACUACUUGUCUUCUGAAACGAAGACUAGAAUUGAUCCUACUUCUGGCCCUAGGCUCAUAAAAUGUAGAAAGAAUAUUUCCUUUGUACCAGGAGGCAAACAAGGAGAAGCCGAAAAUGGGUAUUUGUAUCCAGAUUUAGAAAAUGAUGACUUGUUCGUCCGGAAAACUGGGGCUUUCCAUGUGAAUCAAGUUGUUCUCCAAGACCCCCGGUAUUUAAAAAAAUUCUCUGAGCAGGAGCCUCCCAUAGAGGGUGAGAUAAUUCUGCAACCCAGAGAGGGCCAACCCGUGAUUCCAGAUUUGGAGAAGGACGACAUGAUUUUCCGUAAAAUCCUCUCUCAGAAAAAAGAGGUGCCUUUAUCGGGUGCUCCAGACAAGUAUCACCCGGCAACUGACCCGUGGAGUCUUCCAGAGGAGAUCCGGUCCAAAUUUCUGUGUUUACUUGAAAAAACCACGGUGCCCGAGGAAAGAAAGAGCAAUGGCAGAGUGCUGUCGCCAUCUUCCCACCCUAAGAAGGACGAUAUGCUGACCCGCAAGAUUGAAUCAUGGAAGGUGGGAAGCAGCAUCCGGCCAGUAAACUUCAUCCCAGGUCCGUGCAGCGAAGAAGACUGGCAGAAGUGGGAGGCGAUCCGGGAGGCCAGCAGGAUCAGGCACAAGAAACGGCAGAUGGUGGAGAGACUGUUUCAAAAGCUUUCUGAUGAGCAAGGGAGUAAGUCAUUGAAUGACGUCAGCGCAGAGGAGCUGCAGUCAUUGCGCAAAAUCCGUUAUGAAGAGCUGCAAAAGAUAAAAGAACAAUUACAGGAACAAGAUCUAAAGUGGCAAGAAGAUCUGGCAAAAUGGAAGAAUCGUAGAAAGACCUUCACUUCUGAAUUGCAAAAGAAAAAGGAAGAGAGAGAAGAAAUAGAAAGGAGAGCCUCUGAGGUGUCUGAAAGGAGUACCAAGUCACUGAAAGAAAUGCAGCAGGAGAGGGAGGAGAGAGACCAAGACUCCUACGGGCAGCGAAAACUUGAACGCAGAUGGACUUAUUCACUGAACGAUGACGUGUUUAAUGAAGAGAAAGCACCUUCCAGCCAGUCAGCAGCUAAAGAUUACCUGCUGGAAGAAGAGACCUUCUACAGCACUAAGGACAGCAAAAGCCCCCGUGCCACACAGCCGCACAAGGAGAACCUGCUGGAGAGCGCGGCUGCUCCGGAAGCUCCGGCUCCACCAAAGAGGCUGGCAGAGGAGCAGGGCUCGGCUCUUUUGUCUGAGCGCUACUCCCCGAGUGCUCAAACUGGGUCAGCUCAGGUUGCAGCUUCUCUCCCCAGAAGUUACCAGAAAACCGACACCUCUAGGUUAACAUCCGUGGUUACGCCAAGACCUUUUGGUGUCCACUCAAGAGGAAUCUCGUCACUUCCACGGUCAUUCACGAUGGAUGAUGCUCAGAAGUACAACGGAGAAGUAGAAAAAGCUAAAAGAACUCAAACUUUGUUCACAAGCAGUUCAUUUUCACAACCAGACUCUGCACACCCUCUCUCCGCUAGUGCAUUCAGAAGCAGAGGUGAGGAGGAAGAGGAGGAAAAAGAAGGUGCUCAGUCAACACCUCCUCCUAGUUUGGCACUACCUGUAAAAUCCCAAGACCAAGAUGCUGGAAGCAGUAUUCUUAAACCAGAAUAUUGCUCUCCUUCUGAUUCUUUUUCACUUGCAUCUUCUGCAGAAAAUGUCAGUCUGCCAGAGCCUGAGGAUCCAAAAUCCCUGGAACAGUACAGUGAAAUGAGAAUCAGUAUAAACCAGAGACCUGGCCACAGUCGCAGCUUUGGGUUUGCAACAAAUUGGAGUUCUUCAGGGGCCUUUGUACAGACAGUUGAAGAAG